AUGUCCAAUCAGGGAGAGGUUUUCACAGGAGGUGCAACCACGUCUCAGCACGUGGACGCCGAGGACGACGACCAUUUCGAAAACACCACGUUUAAGCUAAAACGGACCCGUUCGCUCGGACUCUUAGACGAAUUCAUCGACCCCAGUGAGCAAGAGAAGAAGAUCGAGGCCCAGGCAGAAGCAAAGGAGCUGGAUAACGCUGGCAAGGACGAGGAGCUGUCUCAGGGUGGGACGAACACGGGACUCAGAGUCAACACCGAUGCCCCUCGGACAUCCACCACUACGCCAACGCCACCGUUCCUAACCAGCCCGGAACUCAUUCCUCACGACGACACUGACGUCUCCGCUGAGCCUUCCAGACAUGUGGACUACCUCUCGCACCAGUGGGAUGUGGCCGACAUCAGCAAGUCGUGGAGGUAUGUUAUCUCUCGUAGGAAGAGUGUUGCCAAUGCGGCUCGUUUGGAGAACGCCAGUUGGCGAACGUGGGCUCAGCGGCGCUCCAACCUCAAGACCAUCAGCCCGGAAGCAGUCAACUGGUCUAAGGAGAGCGAUGUCACUUGGCUCUACGGACCCAUUCUCGACGAUGAUGACCACGACCAUGGAGACGAAUCCCGUCCAGCAUCUGAAACUGCCACCAAUGCCGUGGCCGGCGAUGUCGCCAUUGCCCGCAGAACCUCGGGCCCCAAACCCAUCCUCAAAAAGCGUACCGUCGAGGACAUGAUGAUCAGCCACCUGAACUUGCGGAAGCUUGAGAUUGCAUCGGCUCGUGCUGACCAAGAGCAAAACCGUCGUGAAGAAGCUGAGCAUCAGGCUAGGCGAGAAGCUGCCGUCAAGGCCGGUGUGUCAGAGAGACCACCAGAGUACUUUGACUAUAAUGCCAUUUCCGCCAAGUUGAACUCACAGUACAAGAACUUCUCCCAAAAUAACUCCCAGAACAACUCAAGCGCCGAUUUGCCGGAACUUGAAGCCACCGCCUCGCAUGCCUCCGACCACUCUGAGGCCUCCCAGUACGGCUUAGAGAGACUUGUCUCACCGCAACACGACGCCCAUGCAUCUCCCUUACGAUCUUCCUUUGCUCAUUCACAGAAGCUUCCAAAACAAGACCGCCAUGUCAGGUUCAACGGCGAAGUCCGCCAAUGCAUUGCCAUUUCCGACCCAUCAGCACCCACAAGUUAUUAUGCUGAUUCUGAAGAUGAUGAUGAAGAGGAGGAGGUUGGGGACUACAAUCUAGGCAGCGAAAGCUACUAUGAAGAUACCGACAUGCACUCAUUGGACUCCGAAGGUGAGGACGAUGACGAUGAUGAUGAUGAUGAUGAUGACGAAGAGGGAGGCUUUUUCUUGAAGGUGCCCUCGUCUUCAAGUGCCAGCCACCAUCCCGGCUUGUACAAGAGAGAGGAUAAUAAACUUGAGAGAAAGGAUACGCCACACCCCUCGACCCUCAAACGCUACAGCACGAUUGAGUUACUUCCAUCCACAUCAUUGAACUACGGUACCUCUGACGAGGAGAGUGAUGACGAGAAUCCAUACACAUCCAGUUUAUCGCAUAAUGUGGGCAACUUCAGUAAUAGAGGCUACGACUACCACUACGAUUACAAUACAGUUUAUCAGGUGGAUCCCAACCAUGCCAUUUAUGGCUCGGGCGGGAGAGACAGGGCUCCCGACGUGGUCGACGUGCCAGAAAAUAUUGCAUUGGGAUCCAACUUCGAUUAUGAAAUUAUCGAAAACGAGGAUAUCCGCAACUUUGAUAAUGCCCUCUUGAUGUCAUUAACUGUGCCAAAUCCAUUCUCUUUAGAUGGGAGUGACUCGAGCUCUGACAGCGAUAGCGAGGAAGAGGGACUCUCAAUCAGCGCACGCAACUCAAGCUCGUCGCUUGCACAGCUGGUGUUUGGUGGUGGCAUGACUGCUACAGAAAACAAGCAGGACGAAUCCAACUAUCCUGAACAUAUUAACAAGCCUGAUGAACCUCUGGAGGGUCACAUUUCCGAAAUCAACCCAAGGCAUUCUUCAACAAGCUUGCUGAAACAGCCACAUUCUUCGAGUUCGCUUUCUGGCCAAUUUUUCUCCGGAUCUGGCGGACUUUCGAAGACAGAGUCCAGGUCCGAAGAGCCAAGCGCAUUAUCGGACAUGUUCUUCAACCCAACGCCGAAGAAAGGCAUCGCCAUUGCCCCUCACACCACAUCUGAGAAUGCGUUUCUGGGAAAGGCAUCUCCUACUCCACCCGUCGUGAAACAACCAUCCAGAGGUGGAUUUGUGCUUGAGUCGGACUCUGACUCCGACUCGGAGGUUGAAGAUGCCCGUCCACCAUCCGAAGGCGCGAAGAGUCCUGAUAGCUAUUCCUCGUUGUAUAAGGUUGCUGGUGAGAAUGGCCUCAACGUCUCGUCGUCAGACUCCGAUGAAUCCAAUAAUCAAAGGCGAGGUAAGGGCUGGGUGACAAGGUCCCACUCCAAUGAUGACUCCGAUGGCAAAUGUGAGCUAGUGGGAACCUUUUCCCUCAUUACUCAGGCAUUCCUAGGCCUUCUUUGCCUUCUGUCACUUCUUAUCAAGCGAUUUUAUGAGUAUCCAGUCAGAAGAACCUGGCCAGUCUGGAUUUUUGAUGUUUCUAAACAGGUUAUCGGAGCUUUUGGGGUUCACGUCUUCAACGUUCUACUAUCAAUUAUCAAGACACUGCCAGAAGAUUUGGUCAAAGCUGUCGAGGAUGAGAGCGGGGAUCCUUGCGAUUGGUACUUCCUAAGCAUUGUAUUUGAUUGCACCAUUGGCGUGUACAUUCUUUAUCUAGUCUUCCGGUGCUUCAACUGGUUUUGCAAGACCCACCUCCACAUGACACAGAUUGAAUCUGGUCAAUACGGUCCAGACCCACACAAUCCUAGCAGACGGGCGUACAUGAAGCAGCUUGGUAUCUACUUCAGUGCGUUGAUGGCGACUAAGUUCAUCUUGUAUGGGCUUGUGGAGUGCUUCGAGACGCAACUCCUAUGGAUCACAAGCAAGAUUCUUCUUGCAUGGCUCGACGAGUAUCCCAACGAAUUUGAGAUUUUUGUUGUGAUGUUCUUGGUACCCAUCUUCAUGAACUGCUUGCAAUUGAUCUUGAUCGACAACUUCAUUCAAAAUCAGGUCAUUUAUAGAACCAACGCUCGGCGUCAUAGAGGUGACAGGGAGAUCGCCACCAGUGCUGACUUGGAGAGAGAAGGCGACAACCUUUUGCCAAAACGGUCACUUCAGGCAGAUCAAAACACUCGUUAUGGGUCUACAACUUAG